CUACACGGCUUCGAUAAGUCAGCGUUAAAAUUUCGGCCGCUAGGUGUCCACGCAUGACCCAGUUACCUCACCCAUUAAAAAUAGCGGGCGACAAUAGCUCAAACACUAUUUAUAGUCGGUAUCAUUUUAAAAUAUCAAAUCACAAUAUUCUUAUCGUGGUGGUGUUUUAGUGCGGAACGCGCGCGGCCACCGGCGGCCGACAGCGCAACGCAUCGACACGGGCCUACUCCAUACGGCUCCACGGUCGCGAUCGAUCCAGCCGCGAGUUCCACUACUGUUUUUUUCAAUCGCGCUUAGUUAUCGCUAGAAUUUUAGUUUAGUAAACAAGGGAACAUGAAUUAGUGUUAAUCAUGGAGAAUAUUAAACGGUACAUUAGGAGUGAGUCUGCGAGUUGUGCACACAUGGUCGAGGAGACUGCCGCGAACAAUAGGAAGAGUGCGGACCCUCACGAGAAGCUGAAGGCUUUGUUGAACUCACCUGAGGAGGAUACCGACGACACGCUGCCGCCCUCCGACGCGCCCAAGUUUGGCACUGUGAUCCACAACAGGAUAUUCGUGGGGGGUUUCUCGCUGACAACCACGGAUGAAGACCUGUGGAAGUUCUUCUCGACGUUCGCGACGGUGACGGCCGCGAGGGUCAUCUACGACCGGGCAGGCGUGUCCAAGUGCUACGGGUUCGUGACCUUCGCCAGCCCGCGCGUGGCCAGGCUCAUCGUCAAACAGAGUGGGGGCGUGAUGUUCUCUCCACUGGGCCGGCUGCGGGUCGCGCAAGCUGUGCGGAAACAGAUGAGUCAAAUCCCAGUGCUGGGCACUGAAGCAGCUCCCCUGCAGGCUCCUCUGUGCUACCAGCUGCUGUGCGCGCCCCCCAUAGCGCCGAUGCCUGCGUGCGCGCCAUGCGAGCUGCCACCGCCCUAUGCUGUUUAUCCACUGCCGUUUGACACGACUCCAGCGAUCUACGGCCCGCCAGCCCAAUACGCACUGGUGCCGGCCCCAUUCAGCGCGCCGUGCUGCGAACCUGCGUGUUGCGCCCCCCUGGACAAGCAGCCGCGGGUCCCCCCACCCCCACUACACCCCGCCUUUAUCUACUAAACCAUACUCCCACUUGGACACAUUAGAUUUUUUUUAAGUCAAACCGAAAAUGCUUGAAGUUAAGUCAGUACUUGACUAUUGUAUGUGCAUUUGGUUUGCGGUACAUUAUAACCUGAUUAAGUCAGUCCAUGACUUAUUGAAUGCUCUAUAACUGACAUCAUUUUGGUAGCACACCAUAUUAAUAACUUAAAUUGUAACCAAAUAAAAAAACAUUUUAAUGUGUUCAAAAUUUCACUUCUAUUGGAUAUGUAUUUAUUUAUAAUUGUUAGAACAUUUCAAUGUAAUUACUGAAGUCAUCGAUGAUGCAAAUGUUGAAAUUGUUUUUGAUAUUUUACGAAUUGUUACUAUACGGGUACCCCAGUAUCAUAAUAGUUCCAAAAAUAGUUGUCUUAGAUGUCACUAUCAUAACAUAACUCCUACAAUACUACAGAAGUUCACGUAAUAUUUGUAUUAAUCAACUUCCUCAUAGUCGACAGUAAUGUUAACUGAUUGUCAGUUGAGGUCUCUAAUCUACCAGCCAUGAAGCUAUGCAGUAAUUUUAUUACUCUUCUAUAAUUAGGUUAAAGUGUUAUAUCUCAAGAUAAGUAGUUAUAUUCCAAAAUUCCAUUGGAAUACUAUAGUACGUGCCAUUUUAUAUUAAAUGUGUAUUGAUGGGGUACCCCAUGUUUUGCUGUUACAUAGUACAGUUAAGUUAUAAAAGUACGAAUGAGAAAACCUAAAACCUAUCCAUUUGGAUCUUUUUACAUUUUUGGCUAUAAAAGACAUUUAUUUACUUUCACUAU